AUGUCGCUGCAGGACAUAGCGACUGAGAACUGGUGGCUUCGCGUUCAUGACCCGCCGAUCAAUGUGGGCUAUUGGCCAAAGGAGUUAUUCUUGAAUUUACGCAAUGGCUCACUGCAUGCGGCGUGGGGAGGACUUGCUAAAGAAGGCGCAAAUGGGUAUUGCCCGCCCAUGGGCAAUGGUCAUAUGUCGGAUGUGUAUACUGACAAGGCAGCUUAUUUCAGGAAAGUCCAAUGGAUGAAUGCAAUUGGAGAGAGUUUUCAUCCUUACGAAAGGAUGCCCAAGGUGGGGGACACACCCAGUUGUUAUAAUUUGCUGAAUCUGAAACUUAUGCGAGAUCCAUGGGGUUAUCUUUUCACCUUCUGA